AUGGACUCCGACGACGAGGAGGCGUUCGCGGCGCUGCUAGAGGAGGAAGCCGAGACCAACACCCAGGACGAAGAGCACCUCAUGAUCCUUGCCGCUCUGGCCAGCCUGUUCGCGAGCAAUGCAAAGCCGCGACGUGGUGGCUCGGCGUCGGACCGCCGUACGAGCAAGAAGAGGCAUCGACUGGAGGGCUAUUUCUUUCUCUAUUCCGACUACUUCGCCGACGCUCCCCUGCACAGCAAGAAAGUAUUUCAGCGUCGUUAUCGGAUGAGCCGAAAGCUCUUCCUCAGGAUUGUGAAUGACAUCCGGGAGUUCAACAGCUACUUUAUUUGCAAGAAGGAUUGCACCGGCACAGUUGGAUUCUCCUCACUCCACAAGUGCACGACAGCUAUGAGGAUGCUUGCAUACGGAGCUCCCGGUGAUAUACUAGAAGACUAUGGAAGCAUGGCCGAGUCCACCACCAUUCAGUGUUUGUACAAGUUCUGCAGGACAGUGGUGGCAGUGUUUGGACCAUACUACUUGCGAUCACCCAAUGCUGAAGAAACCGCCCGGAUGUAG